AGGCGAGAUGUAUAUUCCACCUCUACUGAGGGAUACGACUUUCAAAAGUAUCCCUCAGGAGAGGUGUAACAUGAUACGUGACAGUAGACCAGACGUGACGUUGAUUUACAAAAUCUAGAAGAACGCAUCAUUCAUUGAUGUCUCAAUACCAUGGGACACCAGAGUAGAGGAGACAGAGAGAGAAAAGAUUGAUAAAUAUCAAGACCUGCCCGUAUUUAUCAAAGCUCGCAAAUCCUUAAGAGUACUCUUAACUCAUUAAAACACUCUUAAAUUUAUGAAAAUUCUUAAGGGAAUUUUACGAAGCCUCUUACGCGCUAUGAGUACUCAUAUCUCGGGCCAAGAUUUAAGAAAGGUGGAGGGGUCUCUUAAGUACUUCGGAGUUUCUCAUAGCGGUAGUCACAGACUGUAAACAUGGCAGACAAACAAGAACACCGCGUUCGCCGCCCGAGGAAUUUUCGUCCAAGACUGGAUAUAUUCGAUGUGUAUGACGACAGUGAGUUUAAAAAAAGAUAUAGAAUAGAUCAAAGUGGCCUCAUGUAUGUGACUGACUUGAUCAGAGAGGCGAUUGCCAACCGCACGGAGAGGAGUCAUGCCGUAACACCUGAGAUGAAAGUGGCGGUAACUUUGAGGUAUUUUGCAACAGGCAAAAUGCAACUCUGCAAUGGUGAUGACUGGCCUCUCUCAGCCCACAAUUAGCAGAUUAAUCGCGCAGACUGUUGAUGCUCUUACAGCUCCACGGAUGGUUCAAAGAUUUGUGAAGUUCCCAACUAAUCCUGUGGAAAUUCAAAGAAUACAAGUGGAUUUUUCACAAUUUGCUGGAUUCCCCGGUGUAGUGGGUGUGAUUGAUGGCACCCAUAUAAAAAUUGUUGCUCCAAAAGAUUUUGAAGAAGUUUACGUAAAUAGAAAAAACUUUCACAGCAUCAAUGUACAAGUUGUUUUUGAUGCUAAUUGCCUAGUGAGGAACAUUGUUGCAAAGUGGCCAGGAUCUGUUCAUGACUCAAGAAUUUUACGUGAAAGUGGACUUUGGCGAAUAUUUGAAGAGGACAGAAUACCUGCAGGAUGCUAUUUGUUAGGGGAUACCUAGUUGGUACCCGUGUAAACGCUGGUUGCUGACCCCAUACCUAAGGCCUGAGGGACAUCAUCAAGAAGCUUAUAACAGGUAAUGCAUAGCCUAGUUACAUUGUUUACAUUUAAGGUUAAGCAGAACGAAAUAAAAAUGAGAAAGCACGUAGACUAUGAUAGAUAAAGACAUCACAGCUAAUGCACAACUCACAGGGCUCACAAGAAAACGCGAAGUAUCGUGAAAGAGGGAUAGGUCAGCUAAAACGAAGAUUUCAGGUUCUCCAUGGCGAAAUAAGAGUCGACCCACAAAAGGCAGCUAAGAUCAUCAUGGCAUGUGGCAUCAUGCAUAAUAUAUGCAAAGAACGGAACAUCCCAAUCGAAGAUGAAAAUGAAGAUGAAGAGGAUGUUGAUGACCAUAAUCAUGAUGAAGUGUUCCAGCCUGCGCAAGGAGAACCAGUUCCAGAUGGUGUACUUUUCAGGGAAAAUAUUCUCCGCAACCACUUCAUGAUUGAGGGCUAAAAUGUCGGAUGGAGGACCAAUUUAAUGGAAAUGGCUAUUGCUCCCACUAUCAGCAAGCAAGAGACAGAGGCAGAGGUCACAGAGCAGCCACCACCAGAGACAGAUGCAAAGGAACAAGAUUUGGCCUUACAUUUAGAUGCAAAUCUGCCUCCAUCUCUCAUCUCUUCGACUUCAGCGUCUAUCACAUCAGCACCUUUAGAAAUCACCGCUCCAGGAACCUUUGACUUCGAUGUCCCUGGCGCUUCAGGCUUUGCAACCCCUGGCCCUUCAGGCCUUGUAUCCCGUCUUCACCACCCCAGUCCGUUCUGUCUCCAUCACUCCAACACUCGUUCAUCCUG